AUGGGUAAAGACAAUAGAUGUUUCAGAGAGGUUUGGUUUAAAGACCGUGAUUGGUUGGAGUAUAGUGUUUCAAAGGAUGCAGCCUUUUGUUUCUGGUGUUAUCUUUUUAGACCUAGUAAUAUAGGGUUUGGAGGAGAUGAUGUGUUUACGAGAUCUGGUUUCAUAAAUUGGAAAAAAGCAAUUGAAAAAUUCAAUGAGCAUGUAGGUGGAGUUGGUAGUGCGCACAAUGAGGCAAGAAUACAGUUUGAGGGUUUCAAGAAUCAAAGACAAAGUGUGGAGUAUUCAUUUUCAUCAGAGAAACAUGAGCUUGAAGUUGCUUAUCGCAAACGCUUGACUUCCAUUUUAAAAGUAAUUCGAUUUUUGUUAUUACAAGGAUUGCCUUUUCGGGGACAUGAUGAGUCUUCGACAUCAUCCAAUAGAGGAAAUUUUUUAGAAUUGCUCAAAUGGUAUAGCUCAGAGUGUCCAGAAGUUGCGGCAGUUGUUGGAAUGAAUGCACCUGGAAAUAAUCAAAUGAUUGCCCCAAAAAUUCAAAAGCAAUUGGUGAAUGCUUGUGCAGUUGAGACCACAAAUGCUAUUCUAGCUGAUCUUGGAGAUAGGUGGUUCACUUUACUACUUGAUGAGGCUCGUGACUGUUCAGUGAAAGAGCAAAUGGCAGUUGUUAUUAGAUAUGUGAACAAACAUGGAGAGGUGAUUGAACGAUUUAUGGCUGUAGUUCAUGUUGCAACAACUACAGCUGCUUGUUUGAAGGAGGCAAUCGACUCUUUAUUUGCUAAGUAUAGUUUGUCAGUGGCGAGAUUGAGGGGUCAAGGAUAUGAUGGUGCUUCAAAUAUGUCUGGAGAAUUUAAUGGCUUAAAGUCACUGAUAAUGAAAGAAAAUCCGUAUGCAUUGUAUGUUCAUUAUUUUGCUCUUCAACUCCAACUAGUGGUUGUAGCUGUUGCUCAAGCAAAUCAAUAUGUUUGUGAUUUCAUGUGGAUUGUUGGUUCAAUUGUGAACACAUCUGCAUCAUCUUGCAAAAGGGCCGACAAACUUCGACAACUUGAACAUGACAGAAAAGUUAAACUUCUUGAAAGAGGAGAGAUUAGUUCUGGUAGAGGACUAAACCAAGAAACUAGUCUAGCUAGACCUGGAGAUACACGAUGGGGGUCUCAUCAUUCAACUUUAUGUCGUAUUGAACAAAUGUGGCCAUCUGUUAUAGAGGUUCUUCAAAAUUUGAUUGAUGAUGGUGAUCGUUCUUCUAAGGGUUUAAGUAGAACUUUGGUUGAAAGAAUGGAGAGGAACUCGUUCUCUAGAUUUGAUGUACAGAAAUUAGUGCGUCUGGCUCAUUUUUAUACGGAUGAUUUUUCUUGGAGUGAGCGUAUAUUGGUUGAACAAGAGCUUGAAACAUAUAUUGAUGACGUCAGAUCAGAUGAACGGUUUGAAGGCAUUUCAGAUUUGGGAGCUCUUGCAAAGAAAAUGAUUGAAACAAUGAAGAACCGUGUAUUUCCUUUGGUUUAUCGGAUGAUUGAGCUAGCCUUACUUCUUCCAGUUGCUACUGCAACCGUUGAAAGAGUGUUUUCGGCAAUGAAUAUUGUCAAAACAGAUUUGCGAAACAGGAUUGGAGAUGAAUGGAUGAAUGAUAGUUUGGUAGUCUAUAUUGAGAAAGAUGUUUUUAAUACUGUCGACAAUGAGCCAAUUUUAUAG